AUGGUUGAAAAUAGCAACGUUGUGGAGGACUCGAAGAAUGCAGGCGCUGCUCCAGAUGGUUUGCCUGUUCAGAAUGGGGCCAAUACUGAUUCUGGUGUAGAUGCCGUGACUGGUAAUUCGAGUAGUGUAACUGGUGCUGAUGUGCCAGUCAAGCCCGCUAAACUGGCCAAACUGGCUAACUCUAAUACCACUACACCUAGUGCACCGGCACCUGGUGCCGGUGCCGGUGCAAGCGCCAGUGCGAAUUUGGCUGCGACGAACGUCGUUGUAAACACAUCCUCGCAGGAGGACAUUCCAAGAGACGUGAGAUUGCUACACUUGUUGCUGGCGUCUCAAUCCAUUCACCAGUACGAGGACCAAGUGCCGUUACAACUGAUGGAUUUCGCUUAUAGGUACACACAGGAGGUCUUGAAAGACGCCAUAGUGUACAAUGACUAUGCAGGUAAUAACCCAGGAAACCAUGCCAUGACAUCUGACGGUGCGUCUUCGACCGCUGCCACGGGACAAAGUGGCAAGAAUGCAACCGCCCAAUCGAAUGCGAAUAAUUCAAAAACAGGGCUCACGGUAGAAGAUAUACGGCUGGCAAUCGCUGCAAGAACACAGUACCAAUUCAAGCCAACUGCACCAAAGGAACUCCUCCUACAGUUGGCAUCAGAAAGAAAUAAGAAGCCGUUGCCUCAAGUCAUAGGCUCCUGGGGUAUUAGAUUACCACCUGAAAAAUACUGUCUUACUGCAAAAGAUUGGAAAUUAGAUGAGGAAAAAAAUUAA